ACACAGGCGUCUCCCUGGCGUUUUGUUUUUCCUUUCCCCUUUCGCGGAAGCUCAACUUUUAGGUGUGUUUUGUUUUCUCGACAGCUGCUUCCCAUUCCUCUCUGUCCCUAUUGCUCUCCAAACUUCUCCGUGCCAGCCUCCGCUCGAAAUCGGUUGUUGCUUCGCACCCACUUUGGCACAGCUGAGUGGCAAUAGCCCGGGCUAACUUAGGGAAAUCUGGCGAGGAAUUUUGCUUGUCCUUCCGGCCGAGCCGCCUUAAGGGGACCCUCCAAUCUCCUGGAAUUAAGUCGUGGUCCCUUCAAUGAACUGUGUGCGUUAGGUGUGGAGAAUGGCUCACGAUUUUGAGCCAGUGUUGAGCUUGGACUCUGAGUCCCAUCCUCAUCUGGAUGACCUCCCGAUGUACGAGGAUGAAGUGGAUCACAUCGAAUGGGAAGAGAGCAUAGAUGAGCUCCCCAAUCGUUAUUUCCUGGUCUACAAUAUCAAACCCUUUAAGGAGCGGAAACGACAAGUGUUUAUGAAGGGUGUGCCAGUGACGGUCCACAUCGAAGGUAUCGAACGCCAUCUGCGAGGGUUUAAGGUUCGGCCAAGUACAGUCUAUAUGAUGAGGAUAACGCAUGGAGACUUCACGUGGAUGGUGAAAAAGAAAUUCAAACACUUUGAAGAAUUACAUCGAGACCUGAUGAGGCACAAGUUCAAAGUUCGGGUUAUCCAGCAACCAUUAGCCAGGUUGGCAGCACCUCGGGGGCAGAGACGAGAGCCUGGCAUCACCAUGGCAAUGCCCGCCCUUCCCCACCAGCCGGAGUGGGCCUCCAUGAGGCAAGCUUCGAGCAAACAGAAACGCCUAGAAGAAUACCUGAACACAAUGCUUGAGAAAUCCUUCUACAGAAACUAUCGUGCAAUGAUGGCUUUCCUGGAUGUUAGUGAACUGUCCUUCAUCCCAGAUUUGGGUCCAAAAGGCCUGGAGGCGAUGAUUGUGAAGCGAUCAGGGGGACACCGAAUUCCUGGUCUAAACUGCUGUGGACGACAUAAAGUCUGCUAUCAAUGGUCAAAGAGGUGGAUUGUCAUUAAGGAUUCCUUCCUUCUGUACAUGAGGCCUUCGAAUGGGGUCAUCUCCUUCGUGCUCCUCUUUGAUAAGGGGUUCAACGUCCAAGUUGGUAGCAAGGAAACAGGCACGAAAUACGGAGUGAUGAUUGAAAAUCUGUCCAGGACUCUGAUCAUUAAAUGCAGCAGCUAUAGACAGGCUUGUUGGUGGAAACAAGAGAUAACUAAUCUGGCUGAGAGAUACGGCCAGGAUUUCCUUACAGAGCACCGCUUUGACUCCUUUGUCCCUGCUCGACGUGACAUCCAGGUUCGAUGGUUUGUGAAUGGCAGCGAAUACUUCUCUGCUGUAGCUGAUGCUUUGGAGCAAGCCAAGGAAGAUAUUUUCAUUGCAGAUUGGUGGCUGAGUCCUGAAGUGCACCUCAAGAGACCUGCAAGGAGCAACUACUGGAGACUGGACAAGCUUCUGAAACGCAAGGCAGAACAGGGUGUGAAAAUAUUUGUGCUGUUGUACAAAGAAGUGGAACUUGCCUUGGGCAUUAACAGCGAAUACAGCAAGCGAACUUUGACAGCGCUGCAUUCGAAUAUCACGGUGAUGAGACACCCGGAUCAUGUCUCCUCCACUGUGUUGCUCUGGGCUCACCAUGAGAAACUGGUCGUGGUUGAUCAAUCUCUGGCCUUCCUCGGAGGGUUGGACUUGGCCUAUGGCAGGUGGGAUGACCAGGAGUAUCGCCUGACAGACCUGGAAAGUCACCUGGUUCAUAAUCACAGUGAAGAGGAGCAUCAUGAGGAACCUCUGGAUGUUAAGGGCAUACCACUUGAGGUGAAGGAAUGCCAUUCUCGCUGUCGGGCAGACUCAACAGACUGUAACAUAGCUGAACAGUUCUGGCUUGGAAAAGACUAUUGUAAUUUCAUUCAGAAGGAUUGGGUUGCGUUGGACAAGCCUUUUGAAGACUUUAUUGACCGAAGCGUGACCCCACGUAUGCCGUGGCGUGAUGUUGGUGUAGUUGUCCAUGGCGGAGCAGCACGGGAUGUGGCACGGCACUUCAUACAACGAUGGAACUUCACCAAGACAGUGAAGCCAAAGUACAAGCCUUCGUGCUUCCCUUACCUGCUGCCAAAAUCUCACACCACAGCCGAUGAUCUUCAAUUCAUUAUUCCGGGCUCUGUCCCAGUUAAUGUUCAGGUUCUCCGGUCAGUGGAAUGUUGGUCUGCGGGUUCCAGUGAAAACUCCAUCUACAAUGCAUACUUACAUGUGAUUCGUGAUAGUCAGCAUUUCAUAUACAUUGAGAAUCAGUUCUUCAUCACCUGUGCUGAUGAUCGCAGUGUCUAUAAUCAGAUUGGAGAUGUUAUCGUUGAACGAAUCCUCAAAGCCCACAGUACAAAGAGGACAUACCGUGUGUACAUUGUCAUUCCACUGUUACCUGGCUUCCAGGGGGAUGUAUCAACCGGAGGUGGGAAUUCCAUUCAGACGAUCCUACACUUCACAUUCAGGUCCAUAUGCAGAGGUGAAUAUUCCAUUGUCGAACGUUUAAAAAAACAUAUGGGGGAUGAGUGGGUGAACUACAUCUCAUUUAGUGGUCUGCGGACUCACGGGGAACUCAACAACAGCCCAGUUUCGGAGCUGAUUUACAUCCACAGUAAGAUGCUGAUUGCUGAUGAUCGGCAAGUCAUCAUAGGUUCAGCAAACAUCAAUGACCGCAGUAUGUUGGGGAAACGGGACAGUGAGAUGGCUGUUCUUGUGGAAGACACUGAGAUGGAGGCAUCUGUAAUGGAUGGUGAAGAAUACCAAGCUGGAAAGUUUGCCCGUCGCCUCCGACUCCAAUGUUUUAAAGUACACCUUGGCCUGACCGAUGACCAGAUGGCUGAGGUUGAAGAUCCUGUAAGUGACCGAUGUUUCCAGGAGAUCUGGAAUGCCACAGCUACCACCAAUGCAGCCAUUUAUGAUCAGGUUUUUAAAUGUCUCCCCUCAAAUUCUGCUCCAAGUAUGGUGGAGUUGCGAGAGUUUGUGUCUGCGCCUGGCCUCCUGACUGAGGAUCCUGAGAGAGUCCACGAGAAGCUGAGGAGUAUCCGUGGCUACCUUGUUCAGUAUCCGCUCUAUUUCCUGUGUGAGGAGUAUCUUCUUCCCCCGCUCAACAGUAAAGAAGGGAUGGUUCCAUUAGAGAUUCACUCCUCACCCAAAUGAAAAGGAAUGUUGUCAUGUCACUAGUCCUCCUUUCCUUUGGUUCAAUGCCUCAACUGGAACACCUCAUACCAUUAAUAAGCUGCAUCUAAUGUUGCAUCUCAGUCAUUUGCAUUUACCAGUCAACUGAAUAAUGUUUAUAACUCAAUAUUUCGCAGCAUACGUUGUCUGGUGUCUGAAUUAUUUUCUGUGUCACCAUAUAAAUAAAUAAAUUUGUGUGGCAACUUAA